UGCAGUGGGAGGGUGUAUCCUUAUACACAGCUCGGCCCAGCUUUCUCCUCUCUCCGGUUGGUCUGUGUAGGAAAUAGGUCUAGUCUCCUCUGUUUAGGAUACCAGAAGGUUGUUUUUACAGUACCUACUUUGUCUGGUCCGAUGAAGUGCGAAAGCCAUUUCUCCAAAAACAAACGUGUCUUCGUUGGAUCCAGAGUGGCGUCAGAUCAAGGAGCUGUGGUGAAGACCUGAUGUGAAGGGAUGUCCAGGGGGACCUUGUCAGCACCAUCAGGGAGAGUGCUGCUGUGGGGGCCUCAGGAGCCAUGCUGUGGGGGGCCAGUGCCAACUACGAUGACAAGGCGUCUUGUGAAGCUCUUUCCUCGUACCUCACCACCACGCUCAACCCCUACGUCAACAAUGUGACUGCCACCGCCCAGCUGUGCACCAACUUCCUGUGCCAGGGGAACGGGCGCUGCGUCCGGAAGCACUACGAGUCGGACCACUACCUCCACCUGUCCUCAGGGAACUUCCGUAUCCUCUGGGCCAGGGGCACGUAUAUGGUCCUGGGGACUCCCAGUCUGGCUUACCUGACUCUCUUCUCCAGGAGGUUCACCUGUCAAUGCUAUGCAGGAUGGACAUGUUCCCCCAAGCUGCCCAUACACCUGUCUAAAGCACUGGUGUUUAGACUGAAGCAUCAGGGUCUGUCUGACAAAACUAAGACACUGAAUAAAGUGAUCGCUGAUAUAGAACAAUCGACCAUUAAAGAGAACUUGAAAAAAACACAAACACUGAUGGAUGGAUCAACUGGACUGUGUUCUGUGUGACAUACACAAGGUGGCACAAGUCUCUGGUUUGACCUUCAUAAUAACACUGUAAUAAUAAUCAGAGGUAAGUACUUGAACGGCUCAUGCAGAUGAUGGUUUCGGGUGAUAUGUUGACUAUAAGUUUGUUGAUUGCGCAUAAGGACAAAUUAUAGUGUAUACCAUGCAGUACAGUACAACCUGGGUGUUUCAGGUCGCUGUUUUGUCUGUGCCUUAAUAAAGUUCACAUUGCAGUAAUGAUGACGCGCCAUACGUCUACUGAUUCCAUUCAGCAGGAAAUAGCCUAAAGACAUUGACAUGCUGUGACAGGAACAAAGAAGAGUUGAUUGCAAGUAGAGAUGGUUUAUCUGUGACAACAUUUUUUCCUGUAGUUAUUUGUAUAUCAUUUGAGUGUAUGU